UAAUUAAAUAAGGCGAUAAAAGAUGAGUGCGAUGAGUUCGAAUUAUAAUUCAUACUCCCUUUAUUCGAUGAAGGGGCCUAGAAGAGGAAAAGUCAAGCUAACCAAUAGAAUUUCUGUAGAUUUGAGCAAAAGUAGAACAAACGACUCAUUAUCAGCUUCUAAGGAAAGAAGGCUUUCCGAUAAGUGGUGCAAUUCAUUAAAAAAUUAUCAGAAGGGGCCAGUCCGGAAAUAUCAAGGAGUAAACUCUCCUAGCAGAACAACCAAGUCUAUCAAGGUUGAUAUUACCAAAAACCGCAAAGCUGUUAGUCGAACUAAUAGGUAUCGAGAAAAGGAGGAAAAGACCAACCUGAAUCAAGACCUUAAGCUACCUAAGGGUAGUAAGCCACUUGUAAAGUCUAAAAAGAACUCAAAGACUUCUCUAAAUCAAAAAUACGCAAAUGUUAAGAGUAGAUACAAGGAAUCGAAGCCAAAGACAAACAGACUUAGUGGCUCUAUGAUCGGGUCACAUAAGGAAUUCGUUAGAUCGAUGCAUAAGAGAGAAGUAUCUAACAGCUUCCGGGGCCCAUGAACUAACUUAACGAAGCGAGCAUCCACAAAGAGAAAUGCCCCAGAUAUAUCCAAAAAGAAGUGUAAAUAAAACUACAAGGGUUAUAAGGCUUAAGCAGAAGGAGAAAAAGCAACUCAAAGAUUUAGAUACUCCUCUUGAGAGAUGCUCAUUUCGAAAAUCAGCAAACCACAGUCGGAAAAUAUCUGAAUACGGCACUGGAAGUAAUUUGUGACCUCCUAGUGAGACAAGAAAGCAACCGACUCCAAAUAAGCCAACCACGAGCUCAUUUUUGACUUCCCAACAAUAUUUUAAGGUCGGUAGAACCCCUGAGAAGAGGAAAACUAAUCAUUCCCAAGCCAAUAGAUCUGAUGGGACUAUCAAAGGCUCUGAAUCAAAGAUACAGUCUACAAACAAGAAGUAUAAAUCAACUCUAGGGUAUACUUCCUCUUUCCAAAAGAAGAAGAGGUCUAAAGGAAAAUCCGUUGAAUCAAGUAAAUUCGCUCCAAAGCCUGUAAGAAUGAAGAAACAAAAAUCAAAGAAGAAAAUCUAUCUCACUGAAAGGAAGCAUGAGAAUAGCAAAUGGACUCAUAGUACGAUCCCUAACAAGACCUGCAUUGAUCUUGAAAGCAGCUUGCAGGAUCAAAACGAAGAGAAACAAGCUAAUAAAAUGGAAUCAUUGGAUUCUAAAUUUGUGACUUUAACCAACGUUAGAGAUCCCAGAAAUGAGAACACUAGGAAACUCUUAGCUGAAGGUGACAAUUUUUACCACAAAGGGAAACUAUCUCCAGUCCCUACAGCUGGGAUCAACAUUGAAAAGGAUGACAUCUUUAUUGAAAGCAGGCCAGAUAUCCUGGUUAAUACCGAGCGUAAAAAUAUCAGCAAUUAUUUCUCUAUAAAUGAAAAUUCUCCAAUCAAGCAAAGAAUGGAUGAAGAAAAAUGUGUUAGUAAACAAACUGAUGGGAGAAUCCAGAUUGAGCUUUCCUCCGUUGAGCAUAAAGCUCCCAGUCAGGAGCGAGCUAAAGUGCAGCCAGAGCAGAUGGUCGUCGACUGAGACAUUAAUCCCUUAUGUAUUGUGGAAGAUACCCAUGAUGAAGAAGAGGAGCAUGGCCAAAUGAAUCCUCAAGACGAUAAAUCAAAUUACUAUACAGACUAUAAGGUCAACAGGGAAGAUUUAAAGGAAUCCGUACUAGAGCCAAGCUUUUUGGAGAAGCAAGAAACCAUGCUCGUUAGGACAAACCGUUCAAGAGUUAUUUCUUUCCUAAGACCUACAACGGGAAGAACAAUUAAGGUUGAGCCAGAGGAGGUAAAGAUCGAACCUAAAAACCUUGAUGUCAUCAAGCCAAUAGGAUCUGGAUCGUUUGGAACUGUCUAUUUAGCAAAAUGAAAAGUCACCAAGAAAUUCUUUGCUCUUAAAGUAAUCAACAAGGAGAAGUCGAAGAUCUCUAGUCAGAAAAAGUACACCGUUUCUGAGAAGAAGAUCCUGAAAAUGAUUGACCAUACCUUCAUUGUUAAGAUGGAAAGAUGCUUUGAGAGCAAGACUCACUUGUUCCUUAUCCUUGAGUUUUGCUCUGGAAAAGACCUCUCAGUCUACCUGGAUGAAGAAGGGUGUUUUAGUGAAGAGAAAGCAAGAUUCUACAUCCUCGAAUGAAUAUGUGCUUUAAAUGCUCUACAUCGUAAAGGCAUUAUUUACAGAGAUCUGAAGCCUAACAACGUUAUGCUUGAUGAGGAAGGACAUGUCAAGUUGAUAGAUUUUAAUUUGUCCAAAUCCGGCUUUCAUAAUUUCUCUAAAAAGACUAGAUCAUUCUGUGGGUCAUAUGCAUACAUGCCACCAGAAAUAAUCCAGCGCAAAUCCUACGGAAAGGAUAUUGACUGGUAUCUAGUAGGAGUUUUACUCUUUGAGAUGCUAACUGGACUCCCACCUUAUUUUAGCAAAAGCUCUGGAGCUAUUCAGAAGAACAUUGUGAGUAAGAAGCUCUCAAUUCCUGAUGACUUGAGUACCAAAUGAAGAGAUCUUCUCUACAAAUUACUUGAUAAGGACCCAGCCAGAAGGCUAGGAUAUAAGAAUGGGGCUGAAGAAAUUGUCGCCCAUCCUUGGUUCGAAGGGAUCUCUCUUGAUCAAGUAGAACAGAAAGAGCUUAGAUUCCUUGAAGAGUUUGAACCAUAUCUCUCUAAAUCUCCAGAACAAUGAGUGAAGAACAUAACCGAAUCUACAAGAGAGAAGAUGGAAAUCUUUAACCUGAGGUACCAGAAGAUAGUUAAAAAACUAUUAAAUGAGUAAAAUGAGCUAUUAUCUAUCUCUAAUUUCAUGCUUUCAGGCAGUCUUCUCUUGGUUAAUUUUUGUA